GCAAUAGCGGGUAGCCUUAUCGCGCUUGAGCCCAGGCCACUGAAGAGAGCCGGUGCCACGCUGAGGCCCCCCCCCGCGCAACCACUAGCAGCGUAAUCGUGCCAGGGGUUACAGAGCCUGUGGGCGCUGACGGGGUCUUGGCGGCGGGUUCACCUCGUAGCUUCGUUGCGAAGCAGCGAAUCAGUGGGCAAUGUGGCCAAUCUUGCCGCAAGCGUCUGCCCAGCUCAUUUGGCCGCCUCCGGGCAGCGCUGCGAAAUUAGACUUCUGGCUCUUCAACCUCUUCGCUCCGCUCCUGGGCUGCGCGGCUGCUCGUUGUUCUCCUCACGGCUCUUCGGACGAUGCUGCGGCAGCUGUAGCGACUCCAAAGCGCCGAAUCCCAAGUCUGCCCGCCCUUGCCUGCCCGCAGCGUCUCCUCCAGACCUCCCUGUGCUCGCCACAAUCAUCCUUGGCUCGACAGUGCCUUGUACUCGCAAGUCAGGCGUCCCUCGAGACCAAGUCGCUCGUUAUCACAAUCUUAAAAGGCUGGAUUUCCUUGGCGCGCCCGGAUGCGCUGAGUGCUCAAUUUCUCUUGGAUAGACCUGCCCCUCCGUCAUCACUUACUUAGCAUACGCGGGAACACCAAACCCCAGCAACACGCGGCCGACGCUAUUCACUUCUUAGCGAACAACUUCCGACGCCCCGUUUUUGUUUCAAGGACUGUUCAAGCA